ACCUGUCUUUAGAAGCUACCCUGGCAUUCUGCCAUGGAUAGCAUGGAGUCUCUGCCUUCCUCAGUUGGUUCUCAUUUAAGCGCAGAAAGCUUGCUAGAUACUGAUGUAAAACCCUCGCCAGAGCACGAUUGCAUGGUGCAAGGUGAAGCGUCAGCCGAAAUCGGCAACGAAAUGACCAAUAGUUCCAUUCAAUGGCCAAUUAACCUUGAGAUGAAACAGGAACAUAACAAGGAUGACGACUAUGUUCCAAGGGGAACAGGCUUGUAUCAGUGGUUUGAUAAUCAGGCCUUAUCAGAAGAAGCAAGUUCUAUCAAUGUAGACCAUAUAGAACCUCCUUCGGCUUCCAUCCAAGAAAUACUGGAGGCAAGUCGCUUGAGCAAAAAUAAAGACCUUUUGCAACUUCUUGGUGAGAUUGGAUCGGAUGAUUCAUCAACUUUUGCGGGGAGUUACUGGCAAGAAGUAGGAGGCAGUGAUUAUAAUUCUCAGAAUGCUGACUACUCAGUGAGCGGCACAAAUGAAUGCACUCAGUUUCAGGAUGCUCAGAAUUUUCGGACAUUCCUGGAACCAAUGCCUCUAGUCGUGCCCUCCUUACCUGGUGCAAUGAGCAGCUACAAUGUUGUACAAUCUGGGGAUAACAUAAUUUGGACAGGGCAAAACGAUACAGACACAGGAAGAGGGGUGACUUUGGAAUGUAUUCAAGCAGGAGAAGCUUUUCCUUUUGUAUCAAAUUCAUCGACAAGUCAAGAAUUCAGAGAUAUAAGUGACGACAUCAGAAAACAAGAGGAGAAGAAAAGGAAAAGAAGAGAGCGGAACAAGCAGUGCAGUCGAGAAUUCCGCAGGAAACAAAAAGUCAGGGAGCAGCUCCUGACGAGGGGAAAGGCCGAGAAAGAACAGAUUUUGGUGGAGCGAUAUAAGAGGAUAGAGAAGACAACUAAAAUCCUCAACAGAAUAGCCACGAGUAGUGGAGCAUGUGAAAAGGGACAAGGUAUUAUCAACAUGGUGGCUGGCUUGAUCAAUAAAGAAAAUUUGUUUUGUAGUGUGGUUAAAGGUAACAGGGUUGCUAACAGACCGGUUAGCCACACCCAAACACAAGCCUUCUAAAAUCUUACUGUUGCUUGUCUAAUCAAUUUUAAAGAAAAUUGUCAUAAAGACAUUAAAUGAUUCACCUCAUGACCUGCAAUGACAAGUAAAUUACAAUUCAGCAAAUUCAUUCAUGAAUUGAGCAACUCCUGACAAAACAGUCAGUGAAGCCUUUUUGUACUCAGGUAAUUUUGUGUAUUAGCUGGUUAAAGGAAGAGGUACUGGCCAAUUUAUAUUUUUGUCAUGGGGUUGUAUAUUUCAUCGGAUGCUCUGCAAGUGCCCAAACUACAUUCACUUUGGAAAUUCAAUUGGACAAAAACAUUAGGAUUUUGCUAAGGUCAUGUUAGGGGAAUGACAUGUGGAUCAUUGAUUUUGUGUUAGCAUCAAGCUGGAAUUGAUCAAAUUCAAGGUCUGUUUCAAUGGGAAUUUACAGCAGAAUUAAUGAUGGUAUAAAUAGUAGGAAGGAAUAGCUGGCCUAUUUCAAGGUUACAAUAAUUUUCUUAUUUGGAAAUAAUUCACUUUAAAAUUGAGUUUUUGAUAUAUUUUUUGGCAUAUUUGUUGUUAAAAGCAAUACGUCAAAAGUAUUGCACAUAACUAAAGAAAAACAAAAUUUAUCAGUUUGUAUUUCACUAGUUGCAAAGCCUUAGGACACUGGCAAUCAUUUAAAAGAAAUAGUAUCAAGAGCCUUUUUGGCCUGGAAAAGUUUUGAACUACAGCAUAAUUUGGUCAUGCUUUCCCCACAAAGAUUGAUAAAUUUUUGUCUUCAAUGAUAAACUGUUGGUUGUCAAUGACAGGCAUUUUGUUAUUAUUUUCUGAUCACUGAUAUUCUAAGGUCAUGAUUGCUUAAACUGUGUGAGAAAA